AUUUACUUUGUAAUAAUAUGCUUAAUAUAUUUAAUUCCUACUGUAACUAUUCGUACUCUGGAAUUUCCUAUUAUAGAUUCGAGGUUGCCUCUGACACGUGCUCAGUUUCUAUGACGUAUUUUUAUAUAAUUGUACAAUAAUUAAAUAUAUCAUUUUCGUAGUUGUCGUGUUGAGCAUGUCGAUUUUGAAUACAUUGUAUCGAGCAGGAGCGUUAGCGCGAGCAAAUUUAAUUUAUAAGCUCAAUUCAGCGAGAGCCAUUACAUUUUCAUUUGCGCAUUAUUCUGAGGAAGAAAAUGCAACUGAAGGCGAUGGUACAUCCACAGAUGCUCCUAAGAUCGCAGCUAGACCAAUUAUAUCAGUAGAGACCAGCAUCAACUAUAUGAAUAGUGAUGCUUACAAGCAGACUUAUGGAAAUGAUCCGGUAUGGAAAAUAUAUAAAAGAAAUCAUAAAGGAGCGAUUCCACCUAGGAAAACUCGAAAAACUUGUAUAAGAGGGGGUGAAAUCUCCACUGGAAGCCCAUGUCCCAUAUGUAGGGACGAAUAUCUCGUACUCGAUCAUAGAAACAUCAAGUUGCUUGAGCAAUUCAUUAACCCAUAUAAUGGAGAUGUCUUAAGUUAUUCAAAGACAAAUAUCUGCCAAAAGAGGCACAAACAACUUCUAGUUGCAUUAACCAAAGCGAAGGAUUACGGGCUUAUCACAUUUGAUGUUCCUAUAAGGCAGUACGAUUACUCAGAGUGGAAACCUGCAAAUAAUUUUUAAUUAUUUAUAUUGUUAUAUUACAUUGUGUACUCCUCUAUUAAACAUGGAUAAAUC